AUGGCAUCUGGAGGGCCGGAAGCCUGGGUGCCUGCCCCCCUGCUGAGCCAGAGUCUGCGGACCGAGGAGAAGACCCUAGACCUGGAGUUCGAGGUACUGAGCGUGGGGUUCAACGAAGAAGGCAGCUAUGCCCUGCGCCUGUCAGCUGAGAACCCCCUGCAGGCCGGCUCUGGAGCUGGGGUGCUGCUGCAGGUGAAUGAUGAGGACCCCCGCCUUGCCUGCUCCGCUGUCACAGAGGUCAUUGAGCAGCGGGACCCGGGCCAGAGCCUUCCCCUCACCAGGAGCAAGUUUGUCUUUACUUUGCCCAAAGGCUUCUGCAAGAACGACGGGCAGCACGACGCGCAGCUGCGGGUGGAGGCGCUGCGGCUGGACUCCGCGGGCCGUGCCCGGAGGGUGGGCGAGGGCAUCUUCCCCAUCUACCCGCGCCCAAACCAGCCACGCAUGAACCCGCGCGCGCGCCGGCACGAGGACCUUUACCGCUACCGGGGCAGCCUAGCCCUGCUGCGGCCCAGCGAAGCCCCCACGGCGCGCCACUGCGGCGGCCUGGCCUACCGCGUGGCCUUCCACGAACACCGGGCCCCUCCGCCACCCAGCAGCCCUCCUGGCGGCGCCCACUGCGCAGAACCGGGGGCGCCGCUUCCCGCGUCACAGGUGGACGCUCCUGGCCACCUGUCCCCGUCGAACGGGGAGACCGUCACGGUGACGCUGCAUGGGGCCACCGGCCUCCCCCUCUGCAAGAAUGGCGCUGUGCCCAGCCCCUUCGUGGCCUUGAAGACCAGUUCCGAGGAAGCCAAGAAGCCAAAAACCAAGGUUGUCACUGGAGUGACCCCAGAACCCACCACUAGCCCCAUCUGGGAGCAAACCCUGAAUGUGGACCUCCAGGCCCGGGACACAGUGGACGAAGAGCUGAUCAUCAAGGUAGUGGACCAAAAGAGCAAAGAAGAACUCGUAUCCUACAGAAUCCCCAUCAAGUUCCUGCAAACCUUCCACCCCUACCACUUUGAGCUGGUGAAGCCCCCCAAGUCCGAGAAAGACAACAAAGGCUCAGCCUCGACCAAAGUGUAUGCGACCAUCACUCGCAAGGGCGGCUUCCUCCCCAGCUACACCGGCUUGGACCACACAGCUUUGGAGGUCUUUGUCCACGGAGUCAACGACUUCCUCAUCAACAGCCCCACAUCCCUGGUGGUCAUGGCCCGGGUGGUGCCCAGCUACAAGAAUUUUCAGGCCAGUCAGGCGAGGCAGGACCCAGACUCGCUGGGACUGCCUCUCACCUCCAUCUCCUUCCCCAUCCAGUCGAUGAUGAGCUUCAAUGUGCCUCCUGACAGCCAGAAUGGGUUUCCUCAGGUAUCAAAGUCUGGGGUGCCCCCAGAGCUGCCCCUGUGGAAUCAGUCGUUCCUCUUCCAGAGCAGAGAAGGAGCCACCAACUUCUCCCGGGAUGCGGCCCUGGUGCUGGAGUACUUCCCUUCCCCUUCAAUGAAUGGCGCUAACCCCGCCACCUUCAGCAAGAAGCGUCUGGGCCUCUCCGUGUUGCCACUGAACAGUCGUCUAUACCGCAAGAUGCAGGAAGAGAAAAGCCUGCGUGGGCUGCGGGUUGAGCGACUCCCCAUCAUUGACACCAACCUGAAAACCAUGCAUGGAGAAGUGCCCACAGUGGACGUCUCCUUGCAGCUGCAUGCCUUGGAGAAGCCAGAAACCUUCUUGACACCCAGCAACACCCAGUUUCUGCCUGUUGUGGACUCCAACAUCUUAGAUGAGAACCUGGGUUCCAUCCGCGAGUCCUGGUCUAAGUCCAGAGUCGUGGCCGGACAGGACCUGGCCACCUCCCCCCCUGCAGAGGAGGAGCAAAAGCCGGUACCUCCACUGCUGGAUCAUGACGCAGAUCUGCAGAACUGCCGCCGGGCUCUGCGGCGAAUGGCCGAGGACAUUCUGUUCCUGCGGAAGCGCGUGAGCUCGCUGGAGGCCGAGAACCAGCUGCUGCGUAACUGCCGGGCCGAGACUCGGGCGGACGAGGACACUGGGCUCAGCCCCUGUACCCUGCCUCCCAACUCAGAUUCCCUGCGGCAGAAGCUGCUUCAGAGAGAGCUGGACACCCAGAAACUGAGGGACAAGGUGCAGCAUCUUCAGAACGAGCUGAUUCGAAAGAAUGACCGGGAGAAGGAGCUGAUCCUCCAGAACCAGGCGGGCCAGGCCCAGGACGGGACACUGAGGCAGUUCCAGGGCAAGCUGCGGAAGGUGAAGGCACUUGAGCAGACGGUGCGGCACCAGGAGCAGGUGAUCCAGAAAAUGGAGCAAGUGCUGGAGGGCAGACUGCAGCAGGAGGCUCAGCAGAACAGGCCUCAGGGCAAGCCCACCCUGGGUGAGUCUGCUCCUUCCCUGUCCCCUUACUCAGCCCGUCCCACAGCCGACAACCAGCCUCCGGACGCUUACUCGGUGCUGAUGGCAGAAAACGCGCGUCUGCGGGCCGAGCUGGACAAGGGCAGCCGCUCGGCCCCCAUCAUCCUGCAGCAGCAGGCGCUGCCGGUGGACCCCGGGGAGUUGGGAGCAGGAGGCGAUCAGGCACAGAGGCCGAGAAACGUGGAUGCCCGAGGCCACCCCUGGGGCACAGAGACCCGGCCCGCACAGGAUCUCCUCGGCUCGUCGUCGUCAGACAAGCUUAGCCUCAUGGCCAAGCUGGAACAAGCUCAGAGCCGCAUCCUGUCCCUGGAGAGCCAGCUUGAGAACUCUGCUCGUCACUGGGCGCGAGAGAAGCAGGACUUGGCCACGCGGAUGCAGGAGCAGGAGUACGGCUUGAAGCACCCUGCAAGGUCCAUCCACACUGACCUGCAGUGA